AUUUGUCCUAAUUUAUACUCUAUUUCGAGCCUUCCAGCUUCGACGCUGCCUGCCAGUGCCUGCCCUGUUUAUCAGAAACUGAACUCUCUUUCUCCCUGUCUUUGAUCUCUCCCUCUCUCAUCUUUCUCUCUCAGCACAGUUCCUUCGCAGCUUCUAGCCUUCUACCAAUAUAGCAAAGAAAGAGGUACAUGUAUUUGAUAUUAUGAUCAUCCCUGUAUGUAUACCAUUUUCGUCGCUAGCUAGCUAGCUAGCUAGGGAGAAGAACUUGUCGAUCAAAACAACAACAGCAAAAAAAAAAAAAGGAUCGAAGGCAAAGAAAGAGGGAGGAAUAAAUGGAUGGAGGUAAAGAGCAGCGAAAGAUUGCUGGUUUGGUGAGAACUUUGCUGCUAAUUUUAGCUGCUACGGCGGCAUACGAAGCGAGGGAAGCGUUUGGAGGAGAAGCUGUAGCUGUAAGGGCGCCGAGCAAGAACGCGUACGCGACGAUGAUGUACAUGGGGACGCCGAGGGAUUACGAGUUCUACGUGGCUAUCCGCGUCCUGCUCAGAUCGCUCGCCGCCCUCGAUGUCCAGACCGAUCGCCUCGUCAUUGCCUCGCUCGACGUCCCUCUCCGUUGGGUCCGUGCUCUGGAACAUGAAGAUGGGGCAAAGGUGUUGAGAGUUAAGAAUUUGAAUAAUCCAUACGAGGAUCAGUCCAAUUUCGACAGGAGAUUCAAAUUGACAUUGAACAAACUCUAUGCAUGGAGCCUGGUCGACUAUGACAGGGUUGUCAUGCUCGAUGCUGACAAUCUCUUUCUUCAAAAGACCGAUGAAUUAUUCCAGUGUGGACAGUUUUGCGCGGUCUUUAUCAACCCUUGCAUAUUUCAUACUGGACUCUUUGUCUUGCAGCCAUCAAUGGAGGUGUUCAAUGACAUGAAAAAAGAGUUGGAGAGAGGAAGAGAGAAUCCAGAUGGUGCAGACCAGGGUUUUAUUUGUGGAUACUACCCAGAUUUGCUUGAUCGGCCAAUGUUCCAUCCACCCCCUAACGGCACCAAGCUUGAUGGAACCUUCAGACUUCCCUUGGGAUAUCAAAUGGAUGCUACUUACUACUAUCUUAGACUUCGCUGGAGUGUACCCUGUGGACCCAACAGUGUGAUUACAUUCCCAGGUGCACCAUGGUUGAAGCCUUGGUACUGGUGGUCAUGGCCCGUACUGCCAUUAGGCAUUUCAUGGCAUGAACAACGCCGGCAAACCAUUGGGUAUGUUGCAGAGAUACCAGCGAUGCUUGUCCAGUUUGCAACUUAUCUAGGAAUUAUAGUAUUGACUCGUCUAGCACGGCCAAACUUCUCCAAGUUAUGCUACCGGCGAUCGGAGAAUCACAUUUCCUUGAUACAAGCAGGCCUCAAAGUCAUAGCGGUGUGGUCUAUUGUUGCCUCUUAUAUUGUACCCUUCUUCAUUAUUCCUCGCACUCUUCAUCCACUUCCUGCAUGGAGUCUUUAUUUGUUCGGAUCUUUUGCGCUUUGCUCCAUAGCUAUAAAUGCAUUUUUACUACCAAUGCUACCGGUUCUGGUCCCGUGGUUUGGGAUCUUUGGGUCCCUUCUAGUAAUGGCAUUUCCUUGGUACUCAGAUGGGGUUGUAAGAGCACUAGCUGUCUUUGGCUAUGCAUUUUGUGCUGCACCUUUCGUGUGGAUAGCCAUAGUCAAGGUCAUGGCAAGCCUUCAGGUCUCACUUGAAAGGGAAGCUUUCUUCCCAAGACUGGGGGAAUCUUCGCCGCCUCCAGGAUUUAACAAGUUAUAUUGAGCAAGAAGUUUCUCAUCAGCAUGAUCCAAUGCCUCAACAAAGGAGUUAGUCUUUUGGAAAAUUUAGACAGAUACUGGAGUUGCCUGUGGAUAGAAAUGGAGAGAGGCUGUGUUUUGCAUGGGCUCCUCUGGUUUGGUGGUGCAUUCAAGUUACUGUCACGGAUUAGGCAGGAAGACUGGAAGAGGAGAGGGGAUGGGGGGAUGGAAUGUUGGCAAUGAAUCCAUGCAUCAUUUGUUAUAAUGAAUUUGUUGUAUUUUU